GCGUUGCCAGUAGUUGGGAGAUUUCCGGUUCCUGGUUGACUUCCUGAAAGACUGGCUUUUAAACACCAGCUGCGCCGUGAGGGGAGAUGCUGCUGCUGUGAUUCAGCUGCCUCUCUCUGCGGCGAAGGAUAAAUGCUUGGGAAGUAUUAGCUCAUCGGUUCUCACCUGAUAGCUGGAAAGGCUGGAGCAAGUCAAGCUUAGUGUUAAAUCGAUUCGACGCAAAGCCCUUUUUUAUUUUCAUCGUCCUAAAAUUAAUGCAAGAAGGGGUGCCUUGCCCCCUCCCGCAAGCUUCAUGCUAGUUUUCCAAUAGUCUUUGCUCAGCAACCGACCUCAAGAAACGUGGAGACACUCAAGGGAGGAAGAAAUUGUCAUACAUUCUGUUGAUGGGACAACUCCAUCCCCGUGGUGCACCGAGACCUUUUCUUGCUUUCUUUGUAUAACGGGCAAGCGGUUAGCCAGGAAUAAAGUGCUGCAGCCAAUAAGCCGAGUAGCACUGCAGCCUGGAACCUUUCAAGAGCGACCUGAGUUAAACAGUUCUCAGCUUUCACCAAAGAAAAACACUCAGUAGCCCAUCUUCCCCGCCUGCAAAAAUGUUCAGCUGGUUGGGUACUGAUGACAGACGAAGGAAAGACCCUGAAGUAUUCCAUACUGUGAGUGGGGGCCUUAAAAAACUCUACAAAACCAAGUUGCUCCCUCUGGAAGAAUACUACAAAUUCCAUGAGUUUCAUUCUCCUGCCCUUGAAGAUGCUGACUUUGACAACAAGCCCAUGGUCCUGCUUGUGGGACAGUAUUCCACUGGGAAGACCACCUUCAUAAGGUACCUUCUUGAACAAGAUUUCCCUGGCAUGAGGAUUGGGCCGGAGCCUACAACUGAUUCCUUCAUUGCAGUGAUGCAAGGGGAUGUGGAGGGCAUCAUUCCCGGAAAUGCACUGGUAGUGGAUCCUAAAAAACCUUUCAGGAAACUCAAUGCCUUUGGCAAUGCCUUCUUGAACAGAUUUGUCUGUGCUCAACUGCCGAAUCCAGUACUAGAGAGCAUCAGCGUUAUCGAUACUCCAGGAAUCCUUUCUGGGGAGAAACAAAGAAUUAGCCGAGGUUAUGACUUUGCUGCUGUCCUAGAGUGGUUUGCAGAGCGAGUGGACCGCAUCAUUCUUCUCUUUGAUGCCCACAAGCUAGACAUUUCCGAUGAAUUCUCAGAGGUCAUCAAAGCACUGAAAAACCACGAGGACAAGAUGAGAGUGGUGCUCAACAAAGCAGACCAGAUUGAGACACAGCAGCUUAUGAGAGUUUAUGGUGCUCUCAUGUGGUCUUUGGGGAAAAUUGUCAACACUCCUGAAGUGAUCAGGGUCUAUAUUGGUUCCUUCUGGUCCCACCCAUUGCUGAUCCCAGAUAAUCGCAAGCUAUUUGAGGCAGAGGAGCAAGACCUCUUCAGAGAUAUCCAAAGUCUUCCCCGCAAUGCAGCACUUCGGAAACUGAAUGAUCUCAUUAAACGAGCACGGCUAGCCAAGGUUCAUGCUUACAUCAUCAGCUCACUGAAGAAAGAAAUGCCAUCAGUAUUUGGGAAAGAUAAUAAGAAGAAAGAGCUUGUGAACAACUUGAGCGAGAUUUAUGGACGGAUUGAGCGGGAGCAUCAGAUUUCACCAGGAGACUUCCCUAAUCUGAAAAGGAUGCAAGAGCAGCUGCAGGCUCAAGAUUUCAGCAAGUUCCAGCCUCUUAAGAGCAAACUGCUGGAUGCUGUGGAAGAUAUGCUGGCCAGUGACAUUGCACAGCUCAUGGUGCUAGUGCGCCAGGAGGAGUCCCAGAGGCCAGUCCAGAUGGUGAAAGGGGGGGCCUUUGAAGGCACCCUGCAUGGCCCAUUUGGACACGGCUAUGGUGAAGGGGCAGGAGAAGGAAUUGAUGAUGCAGAGUGGGUGGUGGCAAGAGACAAGCCCAUGUAUGAUGAGAUCUUCUACACAUUGUCACCUGUUGAUGGGAAGGUAACGGGGGCUAAUGCCAAGAGGGAGAUGGUGAGGUCCAAGCUGCCCAACACAGUGCUGGGCAAGAUAUGGAAACUGUCUGACAUCGAUAAGGAUGGGAUGUUGGAUGAUGAGGAAUUUGCUUUGGCUAAUCAUCUCAUAAAGGUCAAAUUGGAAGGUCAUGAGCUCCCAAAUGAGCUUCCUUCCCAUCUCAUUCCACCAUCUAAGAGGAAAUUAGCAGAAUGAUCAGCCACCAGAAAGAAAGCAGGGGGAGGGGGGCAAUGGGAGGAAAGGGAAUAUAUUUAUGCUAUAUGUUUCAGUUGUGAAGUCACCUUUGGGUUCUUAUGAUGACUUCUGUGUGUGAAGUGAAGACCAGCUGGAUGUAAACCUAAGUCCAGAUCUUUCUCACAAUGAUAUGCAAUUAACUCUUCCUACAUACAAUUUGUACUUCCCAUUCUGUGUUAAUAUAAGAGAAAAGUGAUGGUAUAAAAGGGAAGGAGUGGUAAAGGCUAUGUUCUGUAGAUACUGGUGAAAAUGGCCUGUAUCAUUCACUCAAGGGCCCUCCGCUUGUGAAGUUCUGUUGAAUUUGUCCCCAAAUGUAGAUAUGCAUUAUAAUAGCUAACAGGCCCCAAGCCAAAACCUGAGAUGAAAAAUACCUCUAGAGGAGAGUGGUUCUUAAAAAUUGCACUUGAAUCUAAAGCAUUUUUACAUGGCCAAAAUGAAUUUUUGUGGGGCAGUCUUCAGUUCCUGUUCAGUCUUCCUGCCUGUCUUCUGAGCUUUUAUUUUUAUUGAAUACUUGUGGUACAAAUUGUCUGCAGGAUAAUUUGGGGUGGGGAGAAUAGCAAAUAAGGACUCCUUUUUAGCUAUUCGAGGGCAAGGAGAGAGACUUUCCAAGGUUUGGAAACCCAGGAUUCAAAUCUAGAGCCUUGAAUCACUUUCUGGUUAGCUCUGUGCCCAUUUCCAAAUGCUGCUGGGAUUUUGCAAUGUUUCCGUCAGAGCACGAUGUAGCUGUGAGUUAUCAAAUGAUAACUCACAGGCCAAAGAAAGUAGGAAAGAAGCAAGUAGGACAAGCAAGCCUUUUGCAUCAAAGCGAAAGAAAACCUCAGGGCCAGGUACCAAGGUAGAAGCAAGCCUUUCCUGGCACCUUCUGCCCCUAGAAAUAGGCCAUGCUUUUCGUACUGCGUUGAAUGCUGGUUUCACUGUGCCUGGCUUGGAUCCAGCACAGCAUGUCCCUUGGGUAGAAAGAUUUCUGCCCACAGAAUGUCACUUCCUUGCUUCCCCUUUCCUCCCCCAGCCCCCCUCCCACCCGCUGCAGCCCACAAAUCCCCUGUUCCCCAGGUGCAGCUUUUCAAGGGGAAUGUUCAGGUUGCAGCAGGAGGGGGGAAGCAAGAAAGCUGUAUACAGUCCUGAAUUCAAACCAUUGUUCAGUGUUUUACCUUGCAUCACAUGAGUGCAGUUUAAAAUGGCAGGUCCUUCUACCACCUCAUUGUUCCAUCCAUUUACUGAAGCAGAGGACACACUGGGUGAGAAUCAGCUGCUGCUUCUAUCCCCCUCAGCAUCCCUCUGUAGGUCUGUCAAAUCUCCCCCCUCCCCAAGAGUUACUCGCAAAUACUUUCAGGAUAAUUAUUCUGAAGCUUACCCCCACUGACGAUCCUGAGCCAACCAUUUCCUUCUCUCUCCAAAUUAUGCCUUUGUCUCCCCCCACCACCCUGUUUUUGUUGGUGCCUGGGAUGAGAUUAUAGUCCUUGUUGCUUUGUCUAUGCUGAACGCCUACUGUGACGGGAGGGUGGGGAGAGAGCCAGAACAAUUAUAACUUAUUUUAUAUCUGUGUUAAUAUUAUAUAGAGAAAUUAUAUAUUCUGUGUGUGUAAAAACAUCCUUACUGCAGUGCAUUUAUUGUGUCUUAAAAAUUAAUGCAUUAAUCUUUUUUUUGUACCCUGGUCCUAAAAAUUAUUAAAAAAAUGAAGGUUAUGUCUG